AUGAGGAAAGUGAGCUGCCUAUAUUCUAUAGCUUACCCCAAAAUCUCUAAAGCUCUCAAGAGACGUACAUACAUCUCAACUCCCAAAAUCCCCCCUGCAAUCGAUUUGCACACAAUCCGUCUUAAUUUUAUAGCACCACAAUAUCUCAAAAACAUCGCCACUGAAAGCACCACCAUGUUCAAUCUUGAUGAUCUCCCUGACUGUUUAUUGGUCGAAAUCCUUUGUCGAAUUCCUCAAAAAUCGGCAGUUCAAUGCAUGUGCGUGUCCAAACGUUGGUACGGUCUUGUUUCUAAUCCUUAUUUUGUUGGCCGCUUUGUACGUCUCCAAAGUGAUAACCAGGUGCCCAUGAAUACUUAUUUCCUGUUCACGAAUCCAACGAACAAAAGGAAAUUGUUUUAUUCCGUUUGGGGGAAGGAGCCUAAAAGAACCAGCAACUCGUCUGUUUUGAGUUUCCUGCCUCCUUUUCAAGAGCCUCCUGCUGUCAGUGUCAACACACGAGGUGGUGAACCCAUCGUGGUAGGGGAAUACAAUGACUUGCUUUUAUGCUGCGCAACCACGUGGUUUCAACGUGAUUACUACAUUUGCAAUCCAUACACCGAGCAAUGGGAUGCUCUUCCUCCCCCUCCUCAAUGCCACAAAAGUAUAAGAGUUGGAUUCAUUUGCGAUCCCUACUAUAAUACUACUAGUACUACCAGUACAAUAUUCCAGCUUAAUGCCGAGUAUAGGUACAGUGUUGUGCGAUUAAUUCCUGAAUUUCCAGGGAGAGAGAGUUCAUCAUCCUCCCAAUUCAAAGCGCAGAUUUUCUCUUCUGAGACCGGUAAGUGGACAGAGUCGGUUGUAUUAAGUCCACAAAGCUUUCGUUUCGAUAACUUGGCUUGCAAUGCCGGGGUUGCGUGCAAUGGAAUGUUGUACUGGUGGAGCGCUGCUCAUGCUGAUGAUGGUGCCUUUAUUAUUGGUUUGGAUCCCUACUCCAAUAAUAGUAGUAGCACUGGUGAUCAUAAGUAUUAUUUACGUUUCAUCGAUAAGCCUGAAAAUGAGGAUGGAUACAUAGACUUGAUGAUCAAGUUGUGGACAGCGCUGCUGCAGGCAAUGGUGUUUGGUAGGCGAAACUUCCAUGUACCCAUUAUUUUGGAAACAGUGACACUUGAGGGGCGCUGGGUUGACAAGUUUAUGGGUCUUGCUUUCGACCCAAUUGACAAGGAUAAGAUUUAUCUAGAAUGGGAUCAACACAUUUUUGUACUUGACAUUCGUUUAGGAUUGUUAGGGAAGGGGUGGGAAAUUCCGGCUAGUUUUAGUUCGAUUCUUGUUGGGAGAGUUGCCUUCCCAGUUGUCCUCCAAUGGUGGCCGACACCAGUUACUAGACACAAAUGGACGUCCCCGAGUUCAAAUCGUGUAGCAGAAGGGCAUGGUGGCCCGGGAACCAGAAGCUCAACAAGGAAGAGACCUGAUUCUCAAAGGCGAAUAAUCACAGCAGCAGAUUCCUUAUUGCAGAGAAAAAAAUGCAAAUUAGCUAUGCGCAAGCAGUUUCGUCCGCUCAUUCAAUUCAAGAAGUACGUAGGAGACAAAGUUAUGUAA